GCGGGCCCGCAUUGCCCACGUGCGUCACUUCCGGGCGUGGCGCGGCGCCAUCGAGCAGUCCCAGCUAUGGAAGGUAAGCCAUUGGUGAUAUCGAAAGAGAAGACUGCAGUGGUGUGUGGGGUCCCCACCCAGGUGGUCUGUACAGCCUUCAGCACUCACAUCCUGGUGGUGGUGACCCAGUUCGGGAAGAUGGGUACCCUGGUCUCCCUGGAACCCAGCAAUGUGACCAGUGACGUCGGCAAGCCCGUGCUGACCACUAAAGUCCUUCUCGGGCAGGACGAGCCUCUCAUCCACGUCUUCGCAAAGAAUCUGGUGGCGUUUGUGUCUCAGGAAGCUGGAAACAGAGCAGUCCUUCUCGCCCUAGCCGUAAAGGACAAGAGCAUGGAGGGGGUGACGGCCUUGAAAGAGGAGAUCCGGACAUGCCAGGUGUGGUGACCGCGGAGUAACCACCCCUGCUGUCCAGCAGGGCCACGUGGCAACUCAGACGCCCUCUCAAGGAUUUGAAGCCCCUCCCUCAGUCAGAAGGAGUGCCUUUAUCUGGUUUUGGUCCUUGAAGCUGGAAGAAACAUCACGUCUCGGGCCGACUUUCGUUUGGGGGCUGACAUCACCUGUGGAGGGAGGACGUGGAAUGUGUCCUGGGGCGUUGUAAGCGGUCCUCCCUGGGUCCACACAGUUGCACAUGUUUGAGAAUUGGCGGAACGAGUCAUGGCCCUCAGUGUGCAGACGAAUUGUUGGGGGAAAUUUUUUUUUAUUAAAAAUAAAUGUGUAUAUCCCAAAA